AUGGCAAAGCCCGAUCUCUCCUCCACAAUAUUGGCUGCAUUGAUUAUUGGCGGAGCCCUAAUGGCCAUGGUUCCUCCGGGGCUAGCCCAAGAACUAAAAGUAACGGCACCACCUAAAGAACACCAUCAUCCUCAUCAUCAUAAGAACCAUAGUCGUGCUCCUCCAGCUGAAGCUCCGUCGGCCGAGUCGCCGGAGGAGGCAUGUUUGGACAGCACACCCGAAAGUAUUCAAGACUACAUAGAUAAUUGUACCGAAAAUGUAAGUCCGAUAUGUGGUGAAGAAAUUGUAGGUUCUUUGUUUGGAACAAGAAACGUUUCAAUCCCUUGUUGUUGUCAACUCCUUAACAUUGGAAUGGAGUGUCAUGCUGCCGUGGUCAGUGUGUUUGCUGGCCUGCCUGAUGUCAAGCAAGGUGCACCAAUUAUUAAGGCCAAUAGUCACAAGGUUUUCAAUGCCUGCCUUAAAGAAGUUAGGAAGAACCGCAAACUUAAGGCCAAGGCUACUGCAUGCAAAUAA